AUGGCCGGUCAACACCCGAACGCUGGACAUCCCGGACAGGCUAUGGUUCAACAAAUGCACCCUGGUGUGUCAGCACCUGGUGGACCACAAGUGUCCCAGGCUGGCCCCAUGAUGGGUGGAAUGCCCCCGGGCGGCAAUGCUGGUCAUGCUGGUCCCAUGCCGAAUGCUCAUGCUCUCUCUCAUCUGAACCCCGGACAGGCGCACGUCUUCCAGCAACAAGGCUUUCCUCAGAACUCGAACCCGGGAAUGCGACCAGCGAACAUGGGAAUGCAUAUGGGACAGCAGAUGCCUCACGGUCAACCCCAAAACAUCCAACAGCAGCAGAUGUUUGCCAUUCAGCAGGCCCAGCAACAGCAACAGCAGGCCCAAGCACAGCAGCAGGCACAGAAUAAUGCGCAGCAGCAGCAGGCCGGUCAGCACACUCCUCAACGCUCCUCAGCGCAACCCCCAAACAUGCACGAAACGCAGACCGGAACCCCUCAGUCUCAACAUGGGCCACCGCAGAGCGGCACACCCCAGCCCAACCAACCCUCCCAACCGCCAUCAACCCAUCCGCCACAAUCUCAGGGUGGUGUUCCAGCUCAGGUCACCCCUAACCCCCAGCCACAGCAGCUUCCGCCAUCUCAGCAACCUGGUCAACAGCCUGGGCAAUCUGGCCAGCAGCAGCAACCUCAGCAAGGCCAGGGCCAGCAACAAGCUUCUCAAAACCCGCAGGCAUUGGCUGCCCAUGAGGCCCAGAUGAAAGCCCAGAAUGCCAUAAUGAUGCAAAGAAUGAACCGACAACAGAACAGUGGAGUUAUGAUUCUCAAUAGCUAUGCCGAACAUUUGAGUGGUUUCUCCAGUCGUGGCGAAGCUGCUGAUCUAUCAUAUUGGUCGACCUUUGUUGAUCGAUUCUUUUCACCUGCAGGUGUACUGCGUCAGGGAGUCUUUAACAACCUGACCGGAGCCAAACAAUUUGAGAUUUUAACCCCUGCUCUGGCCAGGUAUUAUCUUACGCAAUUCAAAAGCGGUAUCCGUCAUAUUCAGAUGAUUGUUGAGGCUGCCCGCGAGCAAGAAUCUAGCAGUGGCCAUGUGGUUGAAAGUCCCCGUACUUCUUUCAUAUACUGGUUUUCGAAUGAUACCCAGGUCUUCACUCAUGGAAAUCUGCGCGCCCACUUUGAUCUGAAUAACAAGAUUGAGAUGCUGAAUAUAACAGUCACCAGUCACAAUGAAUAUAUCCCUCGCCAAUUGCUUCAGUCCCUAGAAGCCCAGGAACAAAAGCAAAGCCCCAAGGUUGCCAAGAAUGCCGCCAAGAGAGCACAAAAACAAAGCCCAUCACUAUCAUUGCCUGAGUCCAUGGUAAACGCCAAUGGUAUUCCAACUGCUGUCACUCAAUUUUUGGAGGUGGCCGAAACGAUGUCACAGAUGCAAAUGCUUUUCACGUUCUCUAACCAGAACCCGCAUUUGCCUGCUCCAGAUGCCCUUCAUGGUCUGCUCAACAACUGGCAGCAAGCCGCGAAUACCAACCCCAACCCAGCAUUUGGGAACCCGAUGGCCCCUGGAAUGCAGCCUAUGGGACGUAAUCCUAAUAUGGGUCCUCCUUCACAGUUUGCGUCUCCCGCGAUGGCCCAUCUUGGUUUGCCUGGAGCCCAAGGAUCACCUCAUUUGACCGGCUCAGCUCACGCCAGUCCCGCUCAAAGCCAGCUCGCUGGUCCCCCUGGAAUGCAAAUCCAACCAUCUCCGGCUGGUAUAAGCAAUAGUCCAAAUGUAGGUGGAAACAAACGCCGGCGAGCCAGCACUGUCAAGCAAGAAAAUGAGGACGCCGGAUCAGUUGAUGUUAAUGGCAACGCUCCAGGCUCCGGCAAAGUGAAAGCGAGCCCCCGGGUUCCUAAACGACAGAAGGGAGCAGCCGCUUAA